CAACGGUUAGCUCCCUUACAGUAAUUUCCGCCAUUUGUAGACUGACGUUUCGGUCAGAUCUUUGGUUUAGAGAAAAUGAGAUUUUGUCUGUCGUGUGCAGAAAUCAAGCAAGUGGUGUAAUUCACAACUGAUGCAGUGAUUCAUAUAAAGUGAUGGAAGGAUGUAUAAAACUGCAGAAAUUGGACCUACAGUACAAAGACAAAUUAAUGGCAUGAAAUAGUAGACAGAUGAAUGACUCGGGGAAGACAAUGAGGAGAAGACAUCGAUCACUUGCACUGAAACUAACUGCAGCGGGUUUCAUCAUUCUCAUGCUUGUAAGAACUGAUUGGUUGGCUUCAGUAUUUAUAUAUAGCAGCCAGUCAUCUCCCAGUGGAUGGGAACAGAAACAUUUAUUGUAUGGCGAUUCUAUGCAUGAUAAUGAAAAAGUACUAGGUGAUAAUCAACAUCGAAAAAGAAGUAAAAUCAGGGAAAUGAUGGAGAAAGGAGAUGAUUCAGAAAUGUAUUCACAAGCUUGUCCAAUACCGCAUUUAAACAACAGAAAUGAAACUGAAACUAAGAAACCUGCUGAUUGUAAGAGAAUACAGCCUUUCAAAAGUGCAUGUAGAUUAGCCAAGAAAUUAUUUGGAGAUCCAUCCUCACUUGAUAUUGAUGGAGCAUGCAAGACGCCUAAUGCAAGAGAAUUUUGUAGCAUCACAGGCUCUCCAGAUAAAUGGAUCGUCAACUGUGAUAUUUCAUUAUGUGAAAACUUUAUGUACCUUGGUAUAGCAGAUUUCAGCAGUAGUAAACUUCUGUGGAAAUUGCACAAAACACAGAAACAAUUACAAAAGUCAGUUGAAAGUCUUAUCGAUAAAGGCAGUACUAGAUAUUGUUUUCUUUUAUGCAGGGCAGACUCUAAACACUAUGAGCAAGGAAGUGUUGAACCGCAGGUCUUAAAUUUGCCUCCUGCAUCUACUGAAUUUCAAUCGAAAUUUGACAGUCACAGCAGAAAAUAUAUUAAUUUGAAUUUCAUAUUUAUUGAUUCUGUCUCAAGGCAUCACUUUUAUAGGUCUUUACCACGAUCUGUAAAAACGAUUGACUCAAUGGCAGUUGAACACAAGGAUAGUAAAUUAAUGGUUCUUGAUUUUGAACUUGUUCAGGGAGUCCGUUCAAGAACGUUUGAAAAUUUGCAGACACUUUUUUCUGGUCUUGUUAACCCAUUUGAAGUCCCUUUUGGAACACUAGAAAUGCCAAGAGAAAAAUUGAAUAUAGAAAAAUUAUUAGUGCCUUUGAGGGGUUUGGGAUUCUCAAAUCUUUGGAUGGAAGACUUGUGCCCAUUCUGGGAAUGGGGACUGUCAAAAGAUUUAUUAGUUUAUGAUGAAAGUUUAAAAAGAAAAACCUUGUACAAGAAAUUUAGAGAUGCCAGCAAUAGAGCUGGUAUUGAUGACCUAGGGAACACAUUCUUAAGCUGUGAUAUACUUGAAGCAAAUAAAGUGCCUGACCCAUUCCAUGCCCCAGAUAAAAUUUGUUAUAAUGGGAAACAUCAACAUGAAUAUAUGCUUUCAUAUUUGAAGACAUUCCAAAGGACGAUGCAGCAUAGGUCUAAACCAUUCCUUUCUUUCUUUGAAACAAAUAUCGGCCACAUAGGCUCAGGAAGGAGGAUUCAGUAUUUGGAUGCUUCUCUUGCAAAGCAUCUUGAUUUUGCUAAAGAUAUGAGCGACACUUUGUCUGUAGUCUUUUCAGACCAUGGUAAUGCAUAUGGAGACUUUGUGAACAGUGCUCCAGACGGGAGAAUUGAGAUAUAUCACCCUUUUCUUUUCAUGAUCAUUCCAGAGAAAGUUCAAUCAUUUUUCACUGACAGUGAGUUACGUGCUUUAAAAGUUAAUCAACACCGACUGAUAAGUGUAUUAGAUCUACAUUACACUCUCUCAUAUAUAACUGAACUGCUACAUAGUGAAUUUCAAUCAAAGAAAACGUUUGAAAGUGAAGUUGAUGACUUCAACAAGCAGUUCAACGUUUCCAAAUAUGGACUGCUGACAGAAAUUUCACCGUCAAGAACGUGCAGUCAUAUGCCAAGGAUCAUGCCAAAUUUAUGUAUCUGUGAUGGGUACGAUGUUACCUCGAACAAUCGGGCAUAUCAUUACAUACUUGCCGUAUAUUUUGUGGGCAUGAUGAAUAAUCAAAUCCAGAAACAAAAGUCAGAACACUACAGAUUAAAGAAUGGAAAGAAAAACGUUUUUGGAGGUUUUGGGAAUUGUCAACGAAUGAAGGUGAAGAAAAUAAAGAAUAUACAGGAUAGUAAACAGAACGAUUACAUGUCAACAGCGAAAAUGGACUUGUAUGUUGACACAGAUGGGCAGAGUGUUGAUGAAAUAUUUUUCAUAAGUAUUCAGAUGAUGAAAGACUCCAAAUUUUCAUUAAGCAGUUUUGAAAGAAUAACUCCAUACAGUAAAUAUUCAAACUGUACUGACAAAGGGGUUGAUGUGAAAUUGUGUAUAUGUUAUUUCCAGAAUGAAGACGCAAGUACAAAAUCGGCGUUUAAUAGUGAUGAAAUAGAUAACAUUUUGGAAAGUCUUUUAUAUCCGGAAUUGAAACAUAAUAUCACAUCAGUAAGUAUGCAUGGUCGUGAAUGUUUGUUCAUCAUAUCUCAGUCAAACAAGUUAGGGGUUGUGUAUGAAGCGUUUAAUAAUUGCGAAAAACAGUUGAUGCUCAAAGUUUUAUUUAAACCAGUAAAUUUAGUCCUGUCCACAGCUAAUGUGAUAGAUGUAAGUAUGGCUUCAGGUGAUAUAACAUUCCUUGCAGCUGGCGUGAGUGAUGUGAAAAAUGACUGGUCAUGUGAUAUAAUAAAAGUUAGUGUUCAGUUGUAAUUAUUGCAAUGUUGUUGUGAAAAUACGUAAGAGAAGUUGUUCAGUUUGGUCUAUGGAGUGUAGCUUGAUAUUUUUGGGAGCCACAGCGACAAGACAAUACACACAACCUAAAUCAGGGGUGUAGGGAUUUCCAUGGUGGAGUCGUUAAGGUCGCGGUCUUCAAAUCACUUGCUGCUCAACGCUGUGGGUUCGAAAAUUCGCUUGGGGUGAAGAAUCAUUUCAUAUGCGGAAGCUCCAGCUUGCUUACAAAAGGUCGGUGUUCCUCCCCAGGUGCCCGCAUGUGUCUGAAAUAAUGCCCAGAGAUUCACUUGGAGUCUUCCUACAUCAGAAGCUGGAAAUUGUCCGUGUCAGAACAAAACAAAACAAACCUCUUGUCAUGUAGAAGUCUUCUUGUGAAGAAGCCGUCCAGAAGGCUAACGGAAGGUCUACCUAGGUGCCUUCCAAUGCCUGAAACUGUGCUCGGAGGGGCACCCGGGAGCUUGCUUUACCAGCAAAAGCUGGAAAAACAUCUGACCUAAAUUGUGUCGGUUUGACUCGAAACUCGAUAAAAAGAAACAAAAAAUCGCAUUUAGCGCACGGAAUAUUUGACCUAACAAAUGACGAAAUUGUCAGCUUCUAAAGCACGCAGUGCAAUCAAUUAUAACAUUUGUGUCUAUCACGUUUUGUAAAUUAUGACUUUUCAUUGCUUAUAAAAUUAAUUUAAAUUUCUUACCUUUCCAUCAAACUGACGCCUGCGAAAGGUCACCAUAGGCGUUCAGUACUGUUUUGAGAGCGAAACAUUCGAGGUCUUUCGACAAACUCCCCCAAAUUUACUAUCGGUACCACUGAUAAACAUAUGAGCAGUCAAACGUUGCGUUCAAUGUAUCAUUAUAUUAAAAGGGUGAACAAUUGUCUGUGAUACACAUUUCAGUCAAUGGUUCUAAAAGUUUUGCACAUAUUUGUAAUAUUUUGAUGUUAAAGGAAGGGCAGUAUUGAAAAAAGUAUUUUUUCUUCUUCAAAUUUUCUUUUAAAUUGAAAAAUGUAAUAAGACAGUUAUACUACAUCUCAUAGCGUAUAUAUGGUUGUCGCAGCACGGGGGUUAUAAAGGGGGACUUGCAGCUUGACUUAUACCUCCAUCAGCUCGUAUGAAAAUCUGAAUAUUUCUUACAACUGAGAUUUCGAUAUAAAUUCUGUUUCAUUUCUUAGUAGAAACGGUAUCUUGAAUCAACAGGAGAAAGAUCACUGUAGUAUUCAUCCAAUUUUCCUAGUUAUUAUUGUGUAAAUCAGUAAAGUUUUUUUUCUUUUAGUUAUAUUUUGAAGAAGAAUUUGUACCAACAGCUUUGGGGUCAGUGAUACUUUUGAACUUAGCAAAAUAAAUUGUUUUUAUUUCUCACCAGUUUGAUUUUUUCAAUAGAUUUAAGUAUUUGAAAACAGUUAAACUGUAAAGGUUGACUAAUAUUACAGGGACUAUGGUACAUAUUUUUAUUUGACGAGUUUUUGUACAAAUUAGAGGCAACGAAUGUUUUAUUUCUUUGUUUGAUAAUAUACUUUUCAGAUAGCGUUAGGUCCUACUAAGUAUUUAUGUAUUCAUGUGUUAUAGAUUGGUAAAUAAUAAUGAUAUUCAGAUAUACUUUACACGUGUAAUUUCAAUUUUCGGGAUUUUUAUAUUAUAAAAUCUGUGGUGUGUUGUGUUGUUUUUACUAAUGACUUUGUAUUGUUAUCAUAAUUUUAAGCGUUGUUAUGAUACAUUUUUUACCAUAAAGAUGAGAUUUUUA